AUGGCGGCGCCAAAGUCGGCGUUCUGGCGCCAGGUGAGCACCCUAACGACCAAGAACCUCACCAUCCUCUACGCCCGGCACCCGGCCUCCACCAUCUACACCGCCCUCCUGCUCCCCAUUAUCCUGACCGUCUACCUCGGCAUCGGAAGGAACCUCAACAGCCCCCAGAACGACUACGGCAUCGCCGAGCCCCGGCCCGUGCGGUCCCUCCGAGACGGCCUCACGGCGGCGGACGGCUCGGCCCGCGACACGGUCGUCUUCGUCAACAACGGGCUCGCGGGGGGCGAGAUCGACCGGGUCAUCGGCUCCCUCUCGCAAGAGGUCACGGAUGCGGGCAAGAUCGCGAGGACGGUCGCGGACCCGGCCGAGGUGGGGCGCAUCUGCCGGUCGUCCUUCCGGGCCACGACGUCCUGCUACGGCGCCGUCGUUUUUCACUCCUCCCCUAGUGAGGGGGAUGUAGGUGGUGGUGAUAGUGGCGGCAUCUGGAAUUACACUCUGCGCGGAGACGGCGCGCUCGGGUCCAAGUUCCGAGUCGACGACGAUGACAACGACGCCCAGGUGUACACGCUGCCCCUCCAGAGGGCCGUCGACUCUGCCAUCGCCGUCGUCACCAACAGCAACAACACCAACAACGAAGAGAACAGCCAGUCCUCGCCCCCCCUUGCCGACACCCGCGAAUGGGGCUUCACGGACGAGACCGAGGACGAGCGACAGGCCAGCGCGCGCAGGCGGUACCAGCAGACCAUCAUCGACUACCUCGGCGUCUCCUUCGUGCUCGCCCUCAUCGGCAUCAGCUACCACCUCCCGGGCCACAUCGCCACCGAGCGCGAGAGGGGCCUGUCCCAGCUCAUCGACUCCAUGAUGUCGACGCGGCACGAGUGGGAGGCCCAGGCCGUCCGCAUGGUGGCCAACCUGUACUCCUUCUUCGCCGUCUAUGUGCCCGGCUGGAUCGCCGCCUCCGUCAUCGCGAGGAGCAUGAUCUGGAGGGAGACCAACAUCGGCAUCGUCAUCGUCUUCUUCGUCCUGGGCGGGCUGGCGCUGACGUCCCAGGCCGUCCUCGGCGCGUCCUUCUUCAAAAAGGCCCAGCUUUCCGGUGUCAUCAACUCCCUCGUCUACGUCCUGCUGGGCGUCCUGGCCCAGGCCCUGCCGGACCCGGGCACCGGCGCCGUCACCGUCCUGAGCCUGUUGUUUAUGCCAUGCUCCUUUGUCUUCUUCAUCAAGUCGAUGGCGCGCUUCGAGGCUGAGGGCCGGCCCAUGGACCUGCUCAGGGCCCCGCCCAACAGCGCGUCUGCUCUCCCCGGCAUCGCCAUCUGGGUCUUUCUUAUCGUCCAGUUCUUGGUGUACCCGCUGCUCGCGGCCCUGGUCGAGCGCCAGAUCCACGGCAUCGGCUCCGAGAGCCGCAGGGUGUACAAGGGCGACGGUCCACUGCCCGAGGACGCCGUCGUCAUCCACGGGCUGACCAAGGUCUACUCGCCGGGCCUCUUCCGCCGGGCCUUCUCCUUCGUCUCCAAGCCCCGGCCGUCGACCGUUGCCGUCAACAAACUCGACCUGACGGCGAAGCGCGGCGAGAUCCUGGCGCUCCUCGGAGCGAACGGCAGCGGUAAGAGCACGACGCUCGAUGCCAUUGCAGGAAUCAGCCGGUUCAACCAGGGCAGCAUCUCCAUCGACGCAUCCGGCGGCAUCGGCAUCGCGCCGCAGAAGAACGUCCUCUGGGACGAGCUGACCGUGGCCGAACACAUCGCCAUCUUCAACCAGCUCAAGUCCCCGGCGGCGGGGACGGGCGGCCACGAAGACCAGGACCAGCUGAUCCACUCCAUCGGGCUCUCGACGAAGCGGAAAGCCCAGUCCAAGACGCUCUCGGGCGGCCAGAAGCGCAAGCUUCAACUCGGCAUGAUGUUGACGGGCGGCAGCGCCGUCUGCUGCGUCGACGAGGUGUCUUCCGGGAUCGACGCGCUCUCGAGGCGCAAGAUCUGGGACAUACUCCUCUCGGAGAGGGGCCGGAGGACCAUCAUCCUGACGACGCACUUCCUCGACGAGGCGGACCUGCUGGCGGACAACAUCGCCAUCCUGUCCAGGGGCAGCUUGAGGGCCGAGGGGUCUUCCGUGGCUCUCAAGAACGCCCUCGGCGACGGCUACCGGGUCCACGUGCUCGACGCCAAAGACGUGAGAGAGCCCCCGGAAGUCGGCGGCGUUGCGAUGGCGGUCUCGUCCAGCACCAUCACCUACACGGCGCCCUCGUCGAAGCUGGCGGCCGAGGUGAUCCGCGCUCUCGAAGGCCGCCGGAUCCCCUACCGUAUCUCGAGCCCCAACAUCGAAGACGUGUUCCUCAACGUCGCCGAGGAGGUCCGCGGGGAAGAUCUUAAGUCGAUUCGGGACGGGGCAACCGUUGGGAACUCGCCGAUGUCAAGCCAAGAACUCACAAAGGAGAAGGACAAGGACGGCGUCGUCGUCCGCGGCGGUGGAAGAGACACCUUGGGGCUUCAGUCGGGCCGCCAGACGGGCUUCAUCGAGCAGACGCCCGUGCUGGUCCAGAAGCGCUUCACGCUGUUCAAGACGAACUGGAUCCCGUACGCCAUCGUCUUCGUCGUCCCCAUCGUCGCGGCCGCCGUCAUGCAGCUGCUCGUCGCCGACGAGGGGCCCACGAGCUGCGACCCGGCCGACCUCACCAGCGGAUCGGGGAACCUGGACAACUACAGAGAAGCCCUCGAGGGGGCAUCCAUAGCCGCCGGGCCCUCGUCCGCCUUCUCCAACUCCGUGAUAGGAGAUCUCUUGGGAUUCUUGGUCCCUGGGUCGAACAAUUCCAUCGACGCUGGCAACAUCUCGCUGAGUGACAGCUACCAGGACCUCACCCGGUUCAUCGAGGACAACAGGAAGAACAUAACCCCCGGCGGCCUCUGGUCCGGCAGUGGAACGGACGCUCCGCCGACCAUCGCCUACCGAACAGAUGCCAACGCCGUCUUCGCCGCCGUCAUCCUGCAGAACCUGCUGAGCAUCACGACGACAAACAUCAGCAUCGCCGCCGCCUACGCCCCCUUCGACAGCGUCAUCCCGAGCUCGACGCUGACCACGGCCCAGCUGGCCAUCUACUUCAGCAUCGCCCUGUCCAUCGUCCCGGCCUUCUUCGGGCUGUACCCCAACGUCGAGCGGCGCUUCCAGGUCCGCGGCCUGCAGUACUCGAGCGGCGUCCGCUCGCUGCCGCUGUGGGCGUCCCACCUCAUCUUCGACUUCGGCGUCUUCCUCGUGCCCCUGCUGCUCGCGGCCGUCAUCUUCGCCACGUCCUCGGACAUCUGGUUCGCCCCGGGCUACCUCUUCCCCGUCUUCCUCCUCUACGGCGUCACCUCCAUCCUGCUCUCCUACGUCCUGUCGCUCCUCACCAGCAGCCAGGUCGCCACCUUUGCCGCCAUCAUGGCCUACAACGGCGUCGGCUUCGCCGUCUACCUGAUCGCCUUCCUCUACAUCAUCACCUUCUCCCCCGCCACCGUUUCCGACCGCAACAUCCUCAUCGGCCACUACACCAUCUCGGCCGUCUUCCCCGUCGCGUCCGUCUGCAGGGCUUUGCUCGUCGGCUUGAACACCUUCUCUCUGGCGUGCUCCGGGACGGGGUUCGGCGACCCCGGGGCCCUGAACGCGUACGGCGGGCCGAUUCUCUACCUCGCCGUUCAAGCCAUCCUCCUAUUCAGCAUCCUCUUGUACAACGACAGCGGGAACAAGUUGCCGGCCUUUCUGACCCGGAAAAAGUCUCCUUCUGAGGCCGGUUCAGUCGCACAAGCAAACGAGGACCCCGAGGUGGCCAGCGAGCGGGUGCACGUCGAAUCGGUCUCCAACGACGACGGCCUCCAGGUCAGACACCUCACAAAGAAGUUCGGGUCCUUCACCGCCGUCGACGACGUCUCCUUCGGCGUCCGCCACGGCGAGGUCUUUGCCCUUCUCGGCCCCAACGGCGCCGGCAAGUCGACGACCAUCUCUCUCAUCCGCGGCGACAUCCAACCGAGCCGCAGCUCCGGCGGCGACGUCUUGGUCGAGAAGGUCUCCGUCACGGCCCAGCGGGCCCUCGCCCGCUCCAAUCUCGGCGUGUGUCCGCAGUUCGACGCCGUCGACGCCAUGACGGUCGCCGAGCACCUCCGCCACUAUGCCCGGCUCCGAGGCGUUCCGGACGCCGAGGACCAAGUGCGCGCCGUGAUCCGGGCCGUCGGCCUCGACGCCCACGUCGACGUGCCGGCGCAGCACCUCUCGGGCGGCAACAGACGCAAGCUGUCCCUCGGCAUCGCGCUGACGGGCAACCCGUCCGUGAUGCUCCUCGACGAGCCGUCGUCCGGCCUCGACGCCGCAGCGAAGCGGGUCAUGUGGCGGACGCUCGCCGGCAUCGUCCCGGGCCGCUCGAUCCUCCUGACGACGCACAGCAUGGAGGAGGCCGACGCGCUGGCGGGGCGGGCGGGCAUCGUCGCGCAGCGCAUGCUGGCCGUCGGCGAGGUCGGGGAGCUGCGAAGCCGGUUCGGCGACUCGCUGUAUGUGCACCUCGUGAGCCGGACGGCGCCGCACUCGACCGAGGCGGAGAUGGAGAGGAUGCGGCGAUGGGUCAUCGGCGCGUUCCCGUCCGCGCGCGUCGAGGCCGAGACGUACCACGGCCAGAUGCGCUUCUCCGUCUCGGCGUCGGAUGUGCUGCAGAGGGGCGGCGGCGGCGGUGGUCAGAAGGACUUCGACAGAGGUAGAGGCGAAGACGACUCCCGGGCGGAGGGGAGCAGCCGCGAGCUCAGCGCCAUCGGGCGGCUCAUCGUCAUGCUGGAGGAGAACAGGGACGUCCUCGGGAUCGAGCACCACAGCGUCAGCCCGACGACGCUGAGUGACGUCUUCCUCGCCAUUGUGGGCCAGCACAAUGUCCAGGAGGAGGGGUACGCGGCGCAGCCGGGGGAGAAGAAGAAGAUCAACUGGCGAAGGAUCCUCCUCGGGUUCUAG